GCCAAGGACAGUCAAAAAUGUGAACUGGUGAUUGAGGGGUACUCUACCUGAUUUGUUGUCCACCAGAAGCAAUGGAGCGGAGCAAACGCAACUCCAUUGCUGGGUUCCCCACACGGCCAGAUCGGCUGGAGGACCUUGAUGGCAUAGGAGUUGGGGCAGAAACUGGUCCACCACAGCUGGACAGAGUGUGUUCCUCUUCCUACAGGGCUCUCAUCAGUGCCUUUUCUUGCCUGACCCGACUUGAUGACUUCGUCUGUGAGUGGAUUGGCUCUGGGUUUUUUUCAGAGGUCUACAAGGUGCGUCACAAAGCCUCGGACCAGGUAAUGGCCCUGAAGAUGAACAAGCUGAGCAGUAACCGUGCAAACAUGCUGCGGGAGGUUCAGCUGAUGAAUCGACUCUCCCACCCCAACAUACUCAGAUUCAUGGGUGUGUGUGUACAGGAAGGUCAGCUCCAUGCUCUCACAGAGUACAUUAAUGGUGGUAACUUGGAGCAGCUGCUGGAUGGCAAUAAGUAUCUGAGCUGGGCCGCGCGGGUCAAGCUGGCCUUAGAGAUUGCCAUGGGCCUCAGUUACCUUCACUCCAAGGGUAUUUUCCACAGAGAUCUCACCUCCAAGAACUGCCUGAUUAAAUCAGAUGAGAAUGUUUACACUGCAGUCGUUGGAGACUUCGGCCUUGCUGAGAAAAUUCCCAGUCAUGAAUAUGAAGGGGAGAAGCUGUCCGUGGUGGGAUCUCCAUACUGGAUGGCUCCAGAAGUGUUGAGAGAUGAGCCAUACAAUGAGAAGGCUGAUGUCUUUUCGUAUGGCAUUAUUUUAUGCGAGAUCAUUGCGAGGAUACAGGCUGACCCAGACUUCUUGCCACGCACUGAAAACUUUGGCCUGGAUUACCUUGCGUUCGAGCACAUGGUUGGAGAUUGUCCUCCUGACUUCCUACAGCUUGCCUUCAACUGCUGCAAUAUGGAUCCAAAGCUCAGGCCCUCAUUUCCAGACACCGUAAAGAGACUGGAGGAGAUCCAGAAAAGUCUGAAAUUUGAGGACUCUGAGAGGGAGAGGAUGCUGUUAACUGCAGGGGAGGUGGAUAAAAAACCUGUCCCAAAAGGACCUGGUGAAAAGGGCAUAAAGAGGUUAAAUUCUCUUGGUUUUCAGGAUGACAAUAGUCCACCCAAGUCACCCCAGCCACGUCGCAACAUCUGGCUCUCCCGCAGCCAGUCAGACAUAUUCUCUCGUAAGCCCAGCCGAAAAGUGAACGUCCAGGACCCUUACUACAACCCCGAACCCAGGGGGCUCAUACAGGGUGUACCGAAAGUCAACCCUUUCAAUGCCAGAGAAGACCUAAAAGGUGGCAAAAUUAAAUUUUUUGACAUGCCCAGCAAGUCUGUCUUCUCGCUCAUGUUUGAUUUGAACUCGCCCCAUGGCAGUCAAAGUUCAUACCAGCUUCACCCAAACAUCAGUACCGGAGCCUCUGGCGUCAACUGCUCCACAUCCUCCUGGCCGGAACUGUGGCAGCUGCCAGGUCGACAGUGUUACUCUCUCCCCGUCUCUCCACAUCUGCCACACUCGGAGUCCUUCUUCUCAUCUCAAACUGCAUCCAAGUGUGAGGCAGGACAAGCUGGCGGUGAAGGCAGACAAAGAGCUGUGAGUUGCUGGGCUAAAAAUUAUGCAGUAACUGAGAUCCCUCCAUACAGACCGCGAAGUGAAACAGAGGAAGAGGGGUCAAUGGAGAGCUGGUCUUUUCUGGUCCCUUCUGAUGGGGGAGACCCAGAGGCCAUGGAGUGCUCCAGCAGCAAAGGAAGCCCUGCGGAAGAUAAGACAAUCCUCCGCAAGAUGCAGAAUGGAAGUAUCAGUGGCUUCUGUGAGGACAUGGAGGCAGAAGACCAGAACAACGUGGUGAUCACAAAUAAGAACGCCCUCACUUUGACCAUGACAGGGGAACCCCAGGAACUCUGUCCAAUAGUACUCACAGCCUGCAAAGCCUCCACAUCAGCAGACCUGCUCUCCAGGUGUGACAUCUAGAUGGUCGUAUGAAGCAAACCAGCAUGACUGAGGGACACUUACUCAAGUUUGAACUGAUCAGAUGACAUGCGAACAGAGAUUAUUUUCAUGUUAAAUAUUUAAUACACCUAAAGCUGUUAAUAUUGUUUUUCAGAAUGAAACCAUUGUAAACUAAGCUAACAGGGCUUGGACUAAACAAUAGAAAUGAGUCUGAAAUGAGAGCUGGAAACAGGUGUUAAAAACGAAUUAGGUCCAUGCAUUAGUUGUUACCCGUCACACUAUAAAGAACUCAAUAUGGAGGGAGAUAAAAAGGACAACACAUGGGCUAAUGAUAAGACACAUUCUGUGACUUUUUUGUUGUUGUUUUGAAAUGUAAUAUGCUAUUGGUUGCACAUAGCACAAAUGCUGUUUUGUUGUUUCUUUAACUAACAUAGAAUUUUUCCACUAACUGUAAACUAUAUCCAGUACAUAUUUAAGUGAGUAGCUUUGGCUAUCUCUGUGUUGGCUUUUGUUUCAGAAGUGAAUGAAGAACAAAUCUCUACGAGAAUCUUGAUUGCGCAUCUUUUCUCUGAUGUUUUUGCACUGCAUGGGCGUGGCAAAAAUAAUAUGCGACAAACAUUCCAAGUUUUCGUCUUGUCGUAAUCCGACAUCUUAAAAAGCUCUUGUGAGUUCCGAUCCUAUGCUAAUGGUGUGUGCCAUAGUUAUUUCAAAACAAGUUGGAUCAUUUUCACUCUUCUGCCUCCUAGUCUUCAAAAAAUGUCCAUGUCUGUAUCUAUUUAAAAUCUUAAUUGCACUAGAAAUGAGAAAUAAAUUAAUAGUUUGAACUUUUUAAUCUAUUGUUUGUCACUACAUUUCUAUGCAAUAAAUUCAACCAAGGCAUGAUAGUUUUAUCGAGAGGAUUUAUUUUGAUAUUUAUAUUGAGAAAAAAGUAAUUUUACUGUUUUCAUGUCUGUGAAUACCAUUUGAUAGAUUUCUGUAAAUAUCGAAAAUGACUAGUCUCUUGCUAGUUUGUUCUUAAUUCUAUUUUUCUGCAUUUUUGGUCCUAACUGUUUUUUCAACACUUGUAGAUUAUAGAUUUGUAACUGAAUCAGAGCUGUAUAUUUCUACCAAAGACAGAUCAGGACUUACCCUCAUUUAUGUGGCUUUCAUUGUUCAGAAGCAUGUGUAUUCCUAUUUGUUUAAAAUAAAUGUAUCCUAUU